AUGGAAUUCAAAUAUAGAGUCGACGAGGCAAAAGAAGCCUUACACAAAUUUACCGAAUACUACAGUCAGAUCGACCUACUGAGCUUGUCUGGUCCACUAAUCAACGGUUCUAUCAAAACUACUUCAGUGGUUCGUGAGAAAUGGUAUGCCCCAAUCGAUAUGACCAAAAGUAUGUUCACAAUGCGCCUUAAAUUGAAAAUUUCGCUUUAACAGAAACCCCCACUUGAGUUUAAUACAAAGAAAAAUACCAAAGUAAUGCUUUCAUCAUUUAGGAAACAUAACACUAAGUCUUUACGUCACAUCGCAUAGCCAAGACUUCGGCUUAAUGGUAAUUGGUGAACAAGAUAUCGUUAUGUUCUACACGACGUUUCGAGAUUCGACCCUAAAGUUCAAUUCUGAUACGGAAGGUAAAUGGGAACAAGAAUAUCUUUGUAACGGACAGGAUAUAGAAGAAAUCGAACUAAACAAAGUCUCAAACUUCACACUUUACAUUGAUCAAUAUCACAAACGACUUCUUCAGGUUAUAGUUAACGGCAAUGAAUGUCCAUCGUUCGUAAUGCCCGAUAUGACAGCGUUUAAUUUAAGCCAAAAUCCGAAAAGAGGACUGAUGUACUUUGCCGGUAACCGAGUUGUUUCUUUAAAUUUUUAA